GGGGGUUGCGACGUGAGAGAUGCCGCGGGGGGGGGAGGGGGGGUCUCGGGUAGCUCGGGGAUGAUCGUGCGGGAUCGGAGCACGGGACGUCGGUCGGGGUCAUAAAUGGGGAGGCGCGGCGUUCCGGAGCGGUAUUUCGUCGCGUGACGCCGUUGCGUUCGCAUCGAUCCGCAACGACGGCGCGAACGUAGGCGGACCGUAAGGGCGCGGAUAAAAGAGGCGCGUACACGAGCCGAAAAUCAAUCCCGGCGCGUGUCAGGUUCUCGCGCCCCGCGGAAGCGCCGAAGAACGAUCGGCGAGGAGGGUUGUUUCCUUACGAGGCGAGGGUGACGACGAUCGGCCGCGAUGCUGAAGAAAUUCCUCGGCAAAUCCGGCCGCAGGAUUCUGCGGGCAAUCAAGAAGCUGUCCACCAGAAGCCGCAAGGCCAAAAGGUCGCAUAAUCCCAGCUCCUGGCACACGGCCAUCCCGGACCUCGAAACGACCUCGCUCUCGUGGUCCCUGCCGUCCCUGGACGCCAAAAGUAUCGAUACGUACAUGACGUACGUGGCCGAGAACCAGGAGGACUGCACAUCGAACUGUUGCUGCUGCGACGAGUACGAGGAGAACCAGAGGAACGAGAACAGGGAGAACGAGAUGAUAAUCUAACGUCCGCGCCGCUAGACACGAACCGGCGCCCUGCUUCUCCCCCCCGCCCCCCCUCCCCUCCUCGACUCGUUUGCCUCGCGAUCGAAUUCGCCGGCGAUCAUCCCCGAGAGGGUGGAAAUGAAUCGCACUCGCGCCGCUCGAUACGAAUAUUUAAUCCUUAACUGGUGAGUACGAGUACUCGUUCGGCAUCUCUUUUUCUUCCUUUUUUUUUUCUCAAAGAGCCUCGCGAUGGUUAGUGCAAUAGCUAUACCAAAGAGAAUAUUUAUCGAAAACCUGAUUAAGGGUUAAUCACGAUCCCUCCGUAAUCCGUGCCACUCGCAACACACACACCACACACGAACAU